GGUCGCGCAGUUUGAAAUUAACGCCGACGGGAGGAGCUUAAUCCGCAGCCCGGAGAUCCAGCCCUCUCAACCUGGGAGGUGGUCCUUGCAGCUACGCCUUUGAUAACCCCCGCCAGAAAAAUCGUAGUAUAAUAUGAGCCUUCCCUUUUCGUUUUCCGUGUCCCAACUCGGCGGAUUGACUCGGCCCCUUCCGGAAACACCCGAAUGAACUUCUAGUCAAAUUAUCGUUCACGCCACACUGACCUAACCCUGACCCGCGUCUAUGCAGCUGACCCCUGGGGUACAGGAGGGGUCUCUGCUGAAAGUGGUCCCAAAGGGGUACUAGUUUUUAAGCUCCCAACUCUCCCCAAGCGUUUGGAGGAUUCCGCACCCUCGCACCGCAGGGGCGAGGAAGUGGGCGGAGUUCGGUUUUGGCGCCAGCGCUGAGGCUGCAAAGCAGAAAAGCCACCGCUGAGGAGACUCCGGUAACCGUCCUCGCCCCUCCUCCCCCCUCCCUCCCCUCGGGGACCACCAGGCGCCACGCUGCGAACGUAAUAGUUCUUCAAGUCUGCAAUAAAAAAUGGCCUCCAAUAAAACUACAUUGCAAAAAAUGGGGAAAAAACAGAAUGGAAAGAGUAAAAAAGUUGAAGAGGCAGAGCCUGAAGAGUUUGUGGUGGAAAAAGUACUAGAUCGACGUGUAGUGAAUGGGAAAGUGGAAUAUUUCCUGAAGUGGAAGGGAUUUACAGAUGCUGACAAUACUUGGGAACCUGAAGAAAAUUUAGAUUGUCCAGAGUUGAUUGAAGCAUUUCUUAACUCUCAGAAAGCUGGCAAAGAAAAAGAUGGUACAAAAAGAAAAUCUUUAUCUGACAGUGAAUCUGAUGACAGCAAAUCAAAGAAGAAAAGAGAUGCUGCUGAUAAACCAAGAGGAUUUGCCAGAGGUCUUGAUCCUGAAAGAAUAAUUGGUGCCACAGACAGCAGUGGAGAAUUGAUGUUUCUUAUGAAAUGGAAAGAUUCAGAUGAGGCAGACUUGGUGCUGGCGAAAGAGGCAAAUAUGAAGUGUCCUCAAAUUGUAAUUGCUUUUUAUGAAGAGAGACUAACUUGGCAUUCUUGUCCAGAAGAUGAAGCUCAAUAAUUGUUCACAUUGUUUUUUUAUAUAUAUUUAUAUAUAUAUAAAAUUUGGGUCUUGGAUUUUGAUUUACUAGUGUGACGAAAUAACUACAUCCUUAUGAAAAUCAAGUUUGAUAUGUUUGUUUUGAAAGUAGCGUUGGAAGAGUUGUUGGGGGGUUUUUUGCAUCCAUAGCACUGGUUACUUUGAACAAAUAAAUAAAAGCUUUCUGUAGUUGCUUCCUUUAUCAGAAAAGAACAUUUGAUACCAUGGUAUAUUAUUUCCUCUUCAUUAAAGAACAGCUUUUCUAAAUGUUGGGGGAAAUGUCCAUAGUCAUUACUCAAUCAAAACUUGUGUUCUCAUAAGCCUAAGGACCAUUUUAGGUUUUUUACAUGUUUUUUUGUGUGUGUGUAUCCAUAAAAUGCAUAUGUAAAUUUUUCUUUGUUUUUAAGCAUUUACCCAAACAAAAAAUCACAGGUAAACCCAUGUUUCUGAGAUGCCAUUAUUCUGACCAAAAUAAGAGAUAAUCACUUCAAGUUAAAUUGAAAUUUUUCCUGAAACCAUACAUUUCAAGUGGAAUAAGUAAUUCUAAAUAGGACAAUUUAAAUUGGAUAAUUUUAAAGUAUCUAUAAUUGCAGUGGUUUAUUUGCAAAAUGCCUAAAAGGAAAAAUUUUAUCACUGCCAUCGCAGCAGGUUUCCUCAUCCAGAUGAGGACACUAGACAAAUGCUAGUGUGUUUUAACUAGCUAAACAAAACUAAGUUAAAUGAAAAUUUAAAAUUUUCCCUAGUGAGCCAUUCCUUAACAAAAUGUUGAAAUCCCUGUUGCUACAUUGACUAAAAGGUAAUGAUGAAUGGAAUAUGUAAGACUUGGCUCAUAUAAACCUAAUCAGAUGGUAGAGAUGUUGGCAGUUGAGGACCUGCUGCCAUAAAUGUGUGAACAGCCUUUUGUAAUCUAACCUAUUGACCUGCAUGUUUUUUCUUUACCCCAACUGAUUCCUUACAUGUAGGCUCAAUCUUCAGUUAUUUGCUUUACUGGUUCAACAAAAGCCAGGAAGAACAACUUUGUAGUAAUCAGAGUGUUAUCCAACUGUAUAUUGUUUACUUUAUUGUAAAUACUGGUGAACAGUGGUUAAUAAAUAGUUUUAUAUUCCUUUAUGCAAU